AUGUCAAGCAGCUCGUCCAGUGGCUUCUCGGACGAGGACACGGAGGCGUCAACGCUGAGCGUGGCGGCUCCUUCCGCAUCUCAACUGAGCAAUAUAAUAGAACUAGCACAGAUCUGUUCCUUCUGUGCCACAUUCCGAAAGCCGUUGCAUCUCCCGAGCUUCUCGCGAACGGAGCUCCAAGAGGCGCUACUAGGCGCUUCCAACGGUGAUACAACACACAUGGAAUUGCUGGCGGAAUUGCACUUCAAGUUGGCACGUGAACACCCCACGGCCAAAAUGGAAAAAAUGGUGCAAGACUGGGAAAAAACGCUGGCGCGAAAACUGCAAGAUAACUGGCGCAAAGAGUUUACGGCGAAUCCUAUGGGUGGACGCGUAACGUACCAAGACUUGACGGUGUUUGAACGGGUGAACAUUUUGAAUGCCUUGUGCCACUGGAAACUGGACACGUGUACCGAGAUCCACAAUCACAUUGCGAUGCUGCAGAAAGAAAAUAAUGAUGAGGCUCUUACAAACUUGCGAACAGGAGAGAUUGGAACGGAUGACAAGGGCGUAUCGUACUGGUAUUUUGGUGACGAAUGCUGGGUUUAUGCUGAAGAUAAGCCACGAUGGCAACUUGAAAAACGAAAGCCAUCGUAUCUCGUGGAAUUUGCGAGCGCGAAAAAAAUUCGUUUAUCAAUUAAUUUUGAUCCAGACCAUAAUUCAUCGGCUCCGCCUCUCCGUUUGCCGUUAAAGCAGACAGCGCUCAUUACCGAAAAUAAACAAGAGAAGAAGGAGGAAGCGCAUACGGGCGAAGUAAAAGAUGAGAAGCAGAACGUGCUCAGCGCAAAGAUAAAAGAUGAUGUUUAUUCUUCUGAGGCAGUAAAACUGGAAACUGAACUAUCGACAGUGACACUGGUGAAGACUGAGAAAGUGGAGGCACCGUCGUCAUUAGUGGUUGAAGCAGCCGGUCUUGUUACAGAGAGAACUACAGCGGUUGUCAAGGAUGUUACUGUCGAGACACCAACUUUCAGGAAAUCGGACAUCAGUGUGUUGAGUGGGUCAAGUGAACAGGAAAAAUGGAAACAGGAUGGCGUUCUUUCUACUGGCUUGCUUCUGUCGAAUAUGGCUGAGCAUGAGCAAUAUGGUGAAGGCUUAAGCGCAACAGAAGGUGCGGAUAGUGUCAAUGUUGCUCAAAUUACCGCAUCCAAACAUCCAGCGUCAGGGACUAAUUCGCCGCAAUUCGCAGCAGAAGGUGCGGCUACUGUCAAGCUUGCUCAAAUUUCCGCAGCCAAGGAUCCAGCUGCAGGGAUUAAUUCGCCGCAAUUUGCAGCUAAGGCACAAAGUCAUAGCGAGAUUUUGCCUAGCAAUAAUGACAAAAUGGACAAGAGUGGAAGCGAGAAAAAUGAUUCUUCUGAAAGGCUGGGGAAGAGAACAUCAGUGAUGGUGGAUGAAGACAGUGUAGACAACCAUGCCCAACCAUGCGUAGUGGCCGUUAUAAGAGCCAAAAAGCGUACAAUCAUCGACGAUGACAGCAGCGACAGCAGCAGUAGUGAUACAGAUACCUUGAAAGCAGCGGCUGAUAAAACCGUAUAUCAGCUAACGGCGUCGUCUCCGCCGUCACGGAAAAAGCAUAAGGCUAGCACUGAACCUUCUUGCCGUGUAGCAGUAUUGGACGUUAAAACGACUGAGGGCAAUUCCACGAUGUUAGGCAGCACACAGGCCAAUGGGACGGCAACUUUAGAAGCUUCCAAGAGUGACUUUGUGACAUCACGUAUCAAAGAGGCAAUGCCAUCGUUGCUCAAUGCUGACCCCGUUGCGUUUGACCUCAUAAAAACAAGAUCACCACAGCUUGAUGUUUUAAAGCCAGCAGCUUUACAUAUGGAAGAACCGAGCUCGUUAAGCAGAAGAAAUGAAGACAACGACAUGGUACUAAAAAGUAAAAGCACCGAAGCGAAAGUGACAGGUAAUGUGGUAGACGCGGCAAACCCGUCGGGCGCUACUUCGAUGUCACCGACAGACCCAGCUGCAGCCCCUGAAACGUUUGACAUUACCUGCGAGAGCUGUAAGAAAUGCUACGAUAUGAGGUAUCUAGAUCCUCCGUUGGUGGAGCGUCCAUCGGACGAGUGGCGGUGUUUUGAGUGUCUUGUAAACGAUGCUCGCGGCUGGCCUCGUCGGCGAAAGCCUACUGCCAGAAAAACCUUCUCUCCUCGAGGGGAUAAUCGGGUGGUGGAACCGUUAUAUAGAAAACGAAGCUCGUCAUCGAAGUUUCAAAGUGGGUCUUCAGCUUUGAAGAGGUCGAAAACUUCCAGCAAAAGCCGUUCCAGCUCAACUUUGAAAACGAGAAGCAACGAUAGCAGCUCUUCCAAACGGCGUAGCAAGAGAAGUAGCAGCAAGAAGUCGUCUUCGUCAUCCUCGAAGAAACACAAGAAACACAAGUCGUCGUCGUCUUCGCGCCAUCGUCAUGGUAGCAGCCAUAGCCAUCAUCGAAGGCGCCACAGUCAUCAUCAUCACGAGGAGUUUGCAAAGCUUGUAAAGUCGUUCCGUGAGCGACAGGAGCAGCGUCUUGGCAUUGAAGAUGCUCGAAUGAAUGGAAAACUUCAGGUGGAUUUUGAUGAAGGCCCCCAGGGCUGGCGGGUAGCUAGCUCCACGCCUGAUGGCGUACGAGCGCUGAUCCAAUCAUUAUCGGGUGGGUCACUUGAGCAAGACCGGCUGAGAGGACGCCUUAUCUUGAUUGUGAAAGAUCACGAGAAGCUUGAGGAACAACGACGCAAGCAACAAGAGUUAGCUUGGAAUAUUCUUCCGCGGCGGCAAUCGUCCCGUAUAGCAAUUGGAAGGAUGAAGAAUCAAUCUGCUCAAGACUCGGAUGCGGAGGAAGGAUAUUCUGGCGACGAUGUUGAGAGUCGACGUCCGGGUUUGCGGUUAAAAAGACCGCAUGCAGCGUCUGAAGUUGUCGAUGGCAAGCAAAAGCACGAUCGAGCAUGGCGUGCACGCCGACGGCGAAAUAAUUCAGAUGAUGAUAUGCAUUUUGACAAUGAAGAAGACGAGGUGGAUAGCAGUGGUACUGGAAAUUGGAUCGACUGGUCUGAGUUCAAGCGCAAUGGCCGUUGCCUUUCGGCCGUUUGCCUUGCUGUUGUCAACAGACUAUUGAAGGAAGAAGUUUCGGAUCUGUUUUCUCGACCUGUGGAUCCGGAAAUUGAUGGUUGUCCAAAUUACUUGUCUGUGAUUGAUCAACCGAUGGAUCUUGGUACGAUUCGAUCGCGCGCGGAAGCCAAUUUUUAUCGGAAAUGGAAAUUAUUUAAGAAAGACGUUGAACUGGUGUGGCAAAAUUGCCGUACAUUCAACGCCCCUGACACAAUGGUAGUGCAGUUUGCCAACUUGCUCGAAAGGUUGUCACGCUCCAUGUGCAUUGCUGCAGAGAAGAAAGGUGUAGAUCGCCUGAGUGGCAAAGGAGGUGGAGGUGACGAGAUUGAUGAGAGUGAAAAUAGUCUCAGCGACGCGAGUAAAGCUGGAUCUCGUAAUAGCGUUAACAAAGCAUGGACCGAAAGCAGUGCUUCAGAAAGUCGUGAUUCCAGUGAUGACGGCGCGUCUCCUCACGGUGAUAAUGAUGGUGAUGCGCGUAGUCACAAGCGAAGGUCAACGCGCGUACCUGCCAAGAAUUUGCGAACUCGCGCACGAUCAAUGAGGCCAAGUGGCACUAGCAGUCAGGCUAGGCGGAAUACACGAAGUCGUUCGUCCAGGAAGCGCCAAUCUCCUACAUCAAGCAGUGAAAAGUCCUCUGCUUCGGACGAUGACGCACAUUCUUCUCUGCGAAGGAGUCGGAGGCAGCGUAAGGGGUUAUCGUCUAAAGUUGACCACAAAGUGGACCCUUUUACCGAAGAUGAAGACUCCAGUGACGAUGAUAGUGCAAACAACCAGCCCCCGCCGCCACGAAACAAUGCCCCUUCGCCUUCGCCUUCUCCACCGCCUCCUCCUCCACCGCAAACGGUACAGAAGCGUUCGAAGCCCCGGCUUAUCAUUAGCGAUAGUUCGAACUCUGAUGAUAGCUCCGACAGUGACGACAGCUCGUCUUCGUCAUCCUCUGAUUCGGCUGACUCGGACAGCGAUACACUCCCAGCAAACAAAUAUCCCCAUCCAUCUCCGCCAUCUUCAGCAGAUGCUCCUGCUCCACCGCCGCCAUCGCCUCCUCCGCCUGCUACUUUGUCUGAGAACGAUAAAGCGGUGCAAUCGUCGCCGAAUCACAAAGCGAAGCUGAAGAGUGCUGCUGGUGAAGCAAAGAAGACGAAGCUAGAAUCCACAGGGAAGGAUGGGUGCACACACUCUCCGCCGUUGCUGAAUUCGUAUCUCUCGCCGUCUUCGUCUUCGUCGUCCGACUUUUCCUCCGAUGACAGCGACUCUAGUGAUGAUGGUGAUAGCACCUGA